AUGUCUCGACAACGUACUCAAAAGGGUUCGACUUUGACAGCUAAUGGUGUUGCACAUUCUACAACAGAAUUUAACAGUACACCACAUAAGCGACGUCGACAAACAAGUCAAGCGCUGGAAGCAUUAAGUCAACUAGUUAAAGAUCCAUCUAAUAAUGGUGGUGAGAAUAAAUUAAAUAAAAAUGAUAUACUUAGCUUGACGCUGGCACGCCUUCUUCGGCAAAAAUAUUGGCCCUCUAAUAAUUCUAAUAAAAAUGUUGAGUUAUUAUCUGGUAUUGAAACUUCUACGAUGGCAGAUGAUCUCAACGGCUUUUUUGUUGUGCUCAAUACCAGUGGUCGCAUCGUUUUGAUGAGUGAUAAUAUUGAAUAUCAUUUACGUAAAAACGUUCGUUCACUCUGUCCUCAAUUGACAAGCAUUUAUAAUUGUGUAAGUAAAGAGGAUCAUGAAUCUAUUCGUCAAAUGCUUUCCACACCAACGAAUGCUGAACAACGAAUUAUUUGUACAUGGCAUUUACCACGUGGGAAAAGACCUAGCCGAAAUCAUACUGAAAAAAAAUCGAUGCUGAUGACAGGUCAUUUCUUUUCUAUAAACAAUGAGGAGAAUACAAACCAAUAUGAACAAUUAUUUAUUGCACGAUGCGAACAAAUUCUUUCAAGUACGCCAAGCAUUCCAACAAAUAGUAUUGGUUCUACAAGUACAACAACGCUUCGAUUUGUACUUUCUGAACAAUUAAAUAUUCGUGAAAUAUCGUCAAAUACUGAAUCACUAUUGGGUUAUAAAGCUGAAGAACUAAUGGAUCAACCAAUUAGUCGUUUUUUAGCUACUGAACAUAUACAAAUCUUAGAACAAGCACGACAAAGUUGCAUCUUAGGUCAACAUUAUACGGUGAUGAAUGUACUUGAUCUAUACACUCGUGAUGGUGAUCGGCUCACUUUUGUUUGCAAUACUCAUAUGUUAAUUGAAGGUCGACGUAGACCAAUGAAACUUGGGUUUUUAGCACAACUAAUUGAUCCAUCAGCGAACUAUGACUUUUUCGUAUAUGCAAAUAAACAAAAUCUUGAACGAUUAAAAACUACUAAUCAGUCAGAAUUCACAUAUUCGUCGACUAUGGAUUUAAAUACUGUCACACCAACAAAUAUUUUAUUGGCAAAAGAUGAAGCAUGUUUGAAUUUAAACGAUAUUCCAACGGUUUGCCCAACAACAAUAUUACCUCAACGACGAAAACGUCGACGAGUAAAUCAAGUAACAGUGAAAAUUGAGCCUUCAUAUAUAGGUGAUACGAUUCAACAAUCUCCUCAAAUAGCGAAUGAUUUAUACGAAUCACAUGCAAGUUCAUCAGAGAGCUUGGCAUCAACAGCAUCACCAACACAAGAAAUUGGUUAUACAGAUGAAUUCUAUCCAUAUAUUAAUGAUAUUGAUGAAUCUGAGAAAAUCAAAUGGAUCCAUGGUUUUCCUUCAAUUAAUGAUAUUAAUGAUGUGCUCGGUCUAAACAAUGAUCCACAAUGUUAUAGUUUAAUAACUCCGACAAUGUCAUCAAUAGGCUUUUUUUGUUAG